AUGCCGAAGAGAAGAAUAGAGGAUGAUGAAGAGGACGAAGAAUCAGAAGUUCAAAUAGGAGAAGAAGAGUCAGAUUCUCAAUAUGACGAAGCAGACCAUGAAGAAAAUCAUAAUAGACAUGGAUUGAAUGAAGCUGUUGGACAAGUUAUUAGAAUAGUAUUGGGUAGAGAUGUUCGAGAUCAAUUUAUAAGAAGAGAACAUUUUGCUCAAGCAGUUAACACAAACACCAGAAGAUUUCAUUUAGAUACAGUUAUUGCUGAAGCAGAUAAUGUUUUACAAGAAGUAUAUGGAUUAAAAUUAGUUGAAGUUCCCGUAAUUAAGAAGGAUAAGAAAAGUUCAAGAUCAUUAAGUCAAAAGAUAACGAAAACUAAACAACCAUAUAUGGUAGUUAAUUGUUUAAGUUCAGAAUCACAACAAAUUUUAGGGGAGUUAUGGCAAAAGUCAAGUGAUUUUUUAGUACCUAAUGAAAGAGAUUCAAGUCAACAUAAAUUCCUUAUACCAAAGAAAGAGAAAACUUCAACAUUAUUAUCAAAUUUUGAAUUAAUUAGAACUGGUAUAAUGUUAUAUAUUGUUUCAUUUAUAAUACUAUCUGAGAAUCAUUUAUCAGAACAUGAUUUAAUUAAAUUAUUAAAGAAAAGAGGUAUACCAGAAAGUUUAAGUAUUAAGAAUAGUAAUAUAAAUAUGAAUAGUGUUGAAAUAAUUAAUGAUUUAACAAAGAGAGAAUAUCUUUUAAAAGAUAUUAAAAAGGGAGCUACAGAAUCAGAAAAUAUUAUUGAUUAUAGUCUAGGUAGAAGAUCAUUAAUUGAAUUUACACCACAAUGUGUAUUUGAAUAUUUUAAAGUUUUAUUUGGUGAUAAAUUUGAUAGUACUACAGCAGAAAGAAUCGUUGUAACUAUUCAUAGAGCUUAUGGAGUUGAACUAAGUCAAGAUAUUAGUGCUGUAGGUACCGAAGUUAAUACACCAGUAAAUGAAAGUGAUAGACCUAAUGAUGAAGAAGCAAUUGAAACUACAGAUUGA